CAGAGGUUCAGUGAGGGUUAGCGACUUGUGCCGUCUGGAGCCGUUUAGUCAAUGAGGACAACUUUAAACUUGCGUAAAAUAAUCUUAAAAGCCACACUGAAUUUCUUGAGCGGCGACUUGACGUUAAACGUGAAGCAAACGUGGGAUUCUUUCUUUAAACAAAAUCCCAUUUACCUACUUUGUCACAGUUACCUAACGUUUGUAUCAUCGCUUUAACGCAGCUGUCAGAUUCACAGCGAAAAUAAGUGAAAAGCUGAAAAUGAAUCGUGUUUUUCAUGUUUCACUGAAGACAGCAUUUGCGCUUGAAGUCUGUGUUAUAGCUACUUAAGCCCGAAUAUUUUCUUUAUUGUGGCUUCAGCGUGUAUUUCAGAGUUAGACUCACCACGUCGCUCCAUCAGUCUUCGUUAAAACAGUUUCUUUUGCCGUUUUUUGAUGUCCUGAGAGAAAAAUGAAGGUUGAGCCUGAGGGACACCGCUUUAUUAUGUCGCUUUUUUUACAGCGAGGCUGAAGGGAAAUUUAAAGACCUAAAAAUAAAGUGUCGGUUUCUACUCCACAAAGAAUCAUUUGAACUUCCUACCGCAGAAGGAGCAGGACAUAAAUAGUUCUGACAUGUGGAUGUAAUUUCAGAAAAAAGGCAGACAGAUGCAGAGAAAUAAAACGCGAGCGGGAGAGAGAGACUGGGAACAGUUUGAAUCGAGCCUGCAGAUCUGUGACAAGGAAAAGCCGUGAGAAAAUAUUCAUAAUUUUACAAGCAAAAGAUGUAAUGGGAGGGGAGCGGACAGCAGCGAAAUGACUGGCUCUUUGACGGCGCUUUAACAGACGUAAACAUCAGAGAAAUCCCAUUCAAGCUUACAUCAAUUUGCGUGAACUUGUCGGGAUGGGAGCCACGCUGAUCGUACACACUUUAAGUUUUGUCUUUUGCGGCACCUUGCUGAGUUUCGUCUAUGGUCUGGUUGAUGCUGAUGAUGUCCUCACUAAAGAAGAACAAAUCUAUCUUCUGUUCAACGCAAAACGAAAAUGUGAGCGAGCCAUCAAGUCCAAACAUAAAAUCACUGAGGGUUACUGCAUGCCGGAGUGGGAUGGCAUCGUCUGCUGGCCCGAGGGACUGCCUGGAAGGAUGGUGUCCACUACCUGCCCGGAGUACAUAUAUGACUUCAACCACAAAGGACAUGCGUACCGGCGCUGUGACACCAAUGGGACCUGGGAGUUGGCGUCAAAUAACAACAAAACCUGGGCUAAUUACAGCGAGUGCGCCAAAUACCUCACCCAUUAUAACCAGAGCCAAGAGAGGGAGGUUUUUGACAGACUUUACCUGAUCUACACAGUGGGCUACUCCAUCUCUCUGGGAUCACUUAUGGUGGCGACAGUCAUCCUAGGAUACUUUCGGCGGUUACACUGCACCAGAAACUACAUCCACAUGCACCUGUUUGUAUCGUUCAUGUUGAGGGCCAUUAGUAUAUUUGUGAAAGACGUGGUGUUGUACUCUGGUGCCGCUCUGCAGGAAAUGGAGCGCAUCACUGUGGAGGAUCUCAAAUCCAUCACAGAAGCCCCUCCUGCCAACAAAACCAAGUUUAUUGGCUGUAAGGUGGCUGUCACUCUCUUCUUGUACUUCUUGGCGACUAAUUAUUACUGGAUUCUGGUGGAAGGCCUGUACCUGCACAGCCUUAUCUUCAUGACCUUCUUCUCAGACAGGAAGUACCUUUGGGGCUUUACUCUGAUUGGCUGGGGUGUUCCUGCGAUGUUUGUGACCAUCUGGGCCAGUGUGAGAGCCACUCUUGCUGACACUGAGUGCUGGGAUUUAAGUGCAGGAAACCUGAAAUGGAUAGUGCAGAUCCCUAUUCUGACAGCAAUUGUUGUAAAUUUUUUGCUGUUCCUGAAUAUUAUUAGAGUCUUGGCAACAAAACUUAGAGAAACAAAUGCAGGAAGAUGUGACACCAGACAACAGUAUAGAAAGCUGUUAAAAUCGACGCUGGUCCUCAUGCCGUUGUUUGGGGUUCACUACAUUGUGUUCAUGGCAAUGCCCUAUACAGAAGUGUCUGGGGUGCCAUGGCAAAUCCAGAUGCAUUAUGAAAUGCUCUUUAACUCAUUCCAGGGAUUCUUCGUUGCAAUUAUAUAUUGCUUCUGCAAUGGAGAGGUCCAAGCAGAAAUCAAGAAGUCAUGGAGUCGGAGGACACUCGCUCUGGACUUCAAGAGAAAAGCCCGGAGUGGCAGUAACACGUAUAGCUAUGGACCCAUGGUGUCUCACACCAGCGUCACUAACGUGACUGCACGGGGCCCUCUGGCCCUGCACCUCACCACCCGCCUGGGGCCCGUCUCCCUCAACGGCCACCGGAACCUCCCGGGAUACGUGAAGAACGGCUCGGUCUCUGAGAACUCCAUCCCAUCCUCAGGACAGGAGCUCCAUAUACAAGAGGAAGAACCUUCAAAGAACUUCCAGGCGGAUAAAACCAUCCCGGUGGUGGAGGAGGAAAGAGAAACAGUCAUGUGACUUCACAAACCUUAAUAAAGACUAUGAAAAAUGUUGAAGGAUUAGAGAGUCCUUUGUUUCUCAGGAUUUCCUCACAAUUUGGGUUGUGGGACCAUCUCAGAUGUACAGUUGGACCUAAUGGACCUAAUCCGUGUCUUUUAAAUGAGCCACAAUGUUCUUGCAAGACUGGAAGCUACUACAUGCACCAGGCCAUCUUCACCAGCAGUAUUCGGAGGAUGAGACCAGAUUUUGGCUUCAAAAAUUGUGGUGAACACAUUGUGAACAUACAACACCAGUGCUUUCAGGCUGGCACAUCACCUCCUUAGAUGAAGAACGGUGCAUUUGCUUUAGGAUCAAGUCAUAUGAAAUAUAUGGCACUGUGGACCGUUAAUUGUAAAUAAGACACACAUAUUUCAAAAAUAUAUAUAUAUUAAAAAAAUGUUUUUGAUCAGCACUAAUAUAAUGAUAUUUACAGAUGCGACUGCCAGUAGGGACACUCUUUGUAUUAUGAUAGCAGGUUUUUGUUAGUAGAAUGUGAUAUUUAUAUGUCUCUAUGCCUUGAGCGGUUGUGUCUCGUUUAUCCAUGUGUUUAAUCAGUAGAUUUGCCAAAUCUUGCCAGACUGUCUUUUUUCUUCAUGAGUGAAUUCCCUCUGAAUCUGCGUAGAUUUAUACAGCACAAGCUUGCAUUAUUGCCAGUGAUGAUGAAGUGAUUGUUGCCAGUGGUGAAACGUCAAAGAAUUUUGUUAUUAGGAUCAACACAUACUAUACUAAGCAUAAAAGAGAAAUUCUGUCUGCAUUUUUCAUUUUCAGGGUAAUUUUUGGUUGCCUCAACCAUUGAAAUUUAGCAUAGUUAAUUAUACUGUUAACUGCUGCCAUUUUUAUCAUCCAAAGUGGAAAAUCGUCACAUUGUCUGAUGUCAUGCAUGUCAUGCAUAAGCAAUACAAUAAUUCAUAAUAACAAGCCACAUGAUAUGAUUCAUAUCUGAAGCACAAACAAUAAACAAUGAGUUAUGCAUAAGCAGACAUUUAGUACUUAAAGUAAGGUGUGCAUUCACAUCUUUAACCCUGCAGUAAUAUCACUACUAAUUAUUGCAUUGCAUAACACUUAACAGAUUAUUACAGUUUGCAUUCAACGGAAUUAUUUAAAUAUUUUCAUAAAUAUACUGAUCUGUUAAGCAUGUUUUUGUUUUUUUGUUUUUUUUAAAUAACGCAUUAAAGAAAUUUAUUAUAUUGCCUUACAAAAUAUCCUUUGGCAGCACCAGGUAUACCUUUCAUUUCCUUUUUAGAUGUCAUAUUUCAAGUGUCAGGCCAUGAAUGAAUAAAAUACGCCUCUCAUUCUGAGUAAAUCAAUUAGCAGCAUCAUUAUGCUCUGUACUGUAAGAGUUUUCAGGGAAUUCUUGAUCUCCAUUAAAGGCAUCAUAAGAGCUUUUCACUGAAAACACCUAUACAUUAUUAUACAUUAUCCUCAUUAUCGUAUAAUGAAAGGCUUUUAUUAUACCUGCUCAUGCUUCACUCCACUGCCUCACAUUCAAUCGUUUCAUCAUAAUGUUUCAUGCAUUACUGUAUAUGAGAAGCUGAAAAUCAUUUUUCUUUUUCUUUUUUUUUUUUACAGCCAUAAGGAAGAACAAACUGAAGUCAGUAUUGUAGGUUUAGAGGCUCAUGGUCUGUUAUGUAUAAUAUAAUGCUGCUUUUUGUUACUCCAUGUAUAUAUGUCAAUAUUGUGUUUACACAUGUCCACACAGUUGUGAGCUAAGUGUUCCUCUGCAUAUGUUUUAGAAUGUAAUACUGAUAUGGAAAGACUGUAAUCCAGGUUAUGAUUUUAUAUGCUGGCAGUUCAGUAUACAGCAGUGCAUAUGCUGAAAAAAUGCCUAAAUUCAGAUGUUUUUUCAUAUUUCAUAUUUCAAGCAAUUCGUGUUUGCUAAAUUCAAACCAUUACUCGACAAAAUAAAGUUUAACAAAAUAUAUACAUAUGCAUUCUGCUUUUCUUUACAUAACCAUUUGAACUUGAAUUUGAGGACAGAUCAAAAUGACAACAUUUCAAUCAUGUUUUUACCAUUAAAUGUAAUCUAGUAUUUUCAGUUGUAUUAUUUAUAAAAUGUCAUCUAUGUUUGCACUUUUUAUGCCUUGGUACUCAAUAACAUUUGAGACUGUUUGUUUCAGAUAUUAACAGGGAUUGAUUUGAAAAUAACUGCUUGAAUGAUGGAUGUGCAGUUCUGUUAAUAUCGAGGUUUCAUGACAGAUCAAUCAGUCAAGAAAUUGAUCUUAUUUUACUGCUUGGAAUCUCUCUGCUUUACUCAUGUGCAUUUUUUUUUACAUAUUUUUAUUACAUCCUGUCAUUCUUCAAGUGUUUUUGACACAUUGCAACGAAAAAUAUUUUACCCAAAAAUGAACAUUCUGAAGAACCAUUUGCUCUCUUUCUGCAGUGGACCUCCUUUAAAAUAUUUUGAAAAGGAAAAUUCGAAUUUUUGUUGUUGUUGAUGUUUUAUAUGUUAUGUUACAUAAAUGCAAACUAACUUUUCUAUGUACACCAGUGUUGUAUAUUUCAGUGCUGAUCAUGUGUAUCAUGUGAAUAAUAAAUGAAAAUAUAUAAUUAACAGAGAAUCAUUUAUUGUCA